CGAUACAUCGAUGCAACAAAUUGGUUGGCCAAUGACUAUGUUCAACUUUUAUACGAAGCAGUUUUAUAAAAAAAACUUUUUUGAAGCUUAAUCUAGUUUAUUUAAAAACAAAAACCUUCAAAUUUUAAAAGCUUUAAAUUUUAAGCCUAUUAGUCAGAUUGGAAAACUUUUUUGACACCAAAAAAGUUUAUUUUUUAUCUAUUAGAAACAAAAUUUGUUUCAUUUACAACUGGUAAACAACAACUAAAAUAACUGUUAAACGUCGCCAGGGACAGGAAUAAUAUCUUCUGCUCAAUCUUAAAGUAUUGCACAAAUUGGUUCAUUUUUAAUUAUGGAGUCAACAACCGUAGUUUCCAACGCUCCAACAGCCGCCGCGAACACUAAGCGCAGCACCCAGCAGGGUCGGAAAAAGUCUGGACCUAAAUUUGAAUUAUCAGAAGCACAAAAAUCUGAUAUUAAGGAAGCUUUUGAUUUGUUUGAUAAUGAGUGCUCCGGAUUUAUAGAGGUAAAGGAGCUGAAGGUCGCUAUACGGGCACUAGGAUUUGAGCCUAAAAAAGAGGAAAUUAAGCGUAUGAUUGCUGAAAUAGAUAAGGAUGGGAGUGGACGUCUAACCUUUAAUGAUUUCCUGCACUUAAUGACCGUAAAAAUGGCUGAAAAGGACACAAAAGAAGAGAUUUUAAAAGCGUUUCGGUUAUUUGAUGACGACGAGACUGGAAAGAUUUCAUUUAAAAACCUUAAGCGGGUGGCACGCGAACUUGGUGAAACUUUGUCUGAUGAGGAGUUGCGAGAAAUGAUUGACGAAGCUGACCUGGAUAACGACGGCGAAGUAAACCAGGAAGAAUUUUUGCGUAUUAUGAAAAAGACUAGUUUGUAUUAAAAAAUUUCGAUUUCCGCAUAUGGAUGUAUUUAUUUUGCGUUUGUAACGUUGUUGUUUUUGGCUUAGGUUUUUAUUUAUUAUCCAUUCCUAAGAAGACUAUUGUUUAGCCUGUAAUGAAAUAAAAUAAAUAUAUGUUUAA